AGAAUACGCCGUCUCAGCGUUUCGACCCACGAGCUGUCUUCUAAGUCUCAUUUACAGUAUAAGCAUAGACAACAACCGUUUGGGGAGUCCUAGUAGCAGUCGGUAUACUGAAGUUGUUACGGUGGGACAUGUCAUUUUAUUCGUGUUCCAGUCAUCCCACUGAUAUCAUCACAUCCAAUGAUCAUUAUACUUAUCAUUUGUGUAUCAGCAUAUCCCAUGAGCAAGCCUUCGGCCUCUUAUUGCGCAUGGCGUAUGAACUAAGAGAGGUCUAACAUAUCAGAACGUGUGGGUAGAAUGACGGCAGGAGGGCCACGAGUCUAUCAUCACUUCUCGCGGCAGAUCAUAAUUGAGGAAUUCCUCGAACUAUCUGAGGUGACAGCACCCCGACUCGGGCUCAUGCAUGUGUUCCAGAUGGUCGAAUUUCAGUCAUACUCAAAAAAUACCGGCUCAUAUCGGGGAACGCAGUGAAACGCGCAAUGAUGUAUAAGAGCAGGCAUCUUUUUGUUCCCCCAGCCCCACAUUACUCUCCUCCGGUGAGGACACUCGUCUGGGCCGAGCAAGAAUCCGAUCCGAUUGUGUAACAACAAGAAACAGUAUGCCGAUUGUCAACGUAGAUACAUUCCUAGGUGCUAAGCUCGAUUACCUGGUGAUCGGCGGAGGGACUUCUGGAUUGGUUGUGGCUGCCCGUCUUUCUGAAGAUCCAAAUGUUGCCGUUGGUGUCUUAGAAGCUGGAAAUGACCACGCGGAUGUCCCAGAAAUCACGAUUCCUGGAAUGAUGGCUCGAGUGAUCCAUAACCCUGAGUUUGACUGGACGUUCUAUUCAGAGCUCCAGAAGUAUGCGAACGAUCGCAAAGUAUUACAAUCUCGCGGUAAAGGCAUCGGAGGCUCCUCCGCAAUCAACUUCCUUGCUAGUGUACGACCAGCCAAAGAGGAGUUGGAUGUUCUUGAACGGCUUGGAAACCCUGGCUGGAACUGGGAAUCCUUGUUGAAGUACAUGAAGAAAAGCGAGCAUCUGCAGAUUCCAAAUAUUACACCAGAUCAAGCAGUUGCGUACGCCGUAGUGCCAGAUCCCAACUUACAUGGCACCAACGGACCGAUUGCGAAGUCCUUCCCGCCCCAUGUGACUGAGAUGCACUCAGCAGUACUCGAUUCUCUCGAGAAAAAUGGUGUCCCUCGCAACGCUGAAAACAGUGGAGGCAACCCAGUCGGAGGUCUGCUCUUCCCGACUUCCGUCGACAGCAGUACUGCAACGCGAUCUCACUCUGGUUCUGCUUAUUUCGCGCCGAAUGCCCAGAGACCCAACUUCCUCGUGCUCACUGGCGCUCAUGCCGCGAAGAUCAUACUCGCGUCAGGUAAGGCCGGUUUGCUUCGUGCGACUGGUGUCGAAUUCAUCAAAGACGGGAAAAGCUACGUCGCCAAUGCCUCGAAGGAGAUAAUUUUAUCUGCUGGAACCUUCCAAUCUCCUCAGCUUCUGGAGUUAUCGGGGAUUGGCGACAAAGAUAUAUUGAAUGUUCAUGGAAUUGAGCCUCGUAUUGACCUGCCUGGUGUAGGCGAGAAUCUUCAGGACCAUUCUCUGGCACCAGCCAUCAUAGAGGUCGACAAGAAGGUUGAGUCGCUUGAGGUCCUGUUUAGCCCAGAAGGACUCGCUAAACAUCAGGAGCUCUACAAACAGCAGAAGGGUAUCCUCGCUGGUAUUCCAUCUUCGCUGUUUGCCUUCUUCCCUGCAAAGGCAUUUGCCGGCACGGAGGAUAUUCAACGCUGGAAGUCGUUGUCCUCCAUCUCAGGCUCACCACCGGAGAUUUUCGAGAAGACUAAGCCAAGCGUCAAAAGAGGUAUUGAGAAGCAAUAUGAGUUGCUUCGAGGUUGGGUCGACGAUCCCGCCCAUCCAAUGGCUUUGUUGCUUAGUCUGAACGGACAUUUCCCAAUUCCAGGCCUUACUAUCGACCACUCAAAACGUUACAUGACCUCCCUCCUCGCUUACACACAUCCGUUCGCUCGUGGAACCGUCCAUAUAAAGUCAACCUCGCCUCUCGAUGCUCCUGCAAUCCAGCAGAACUACCUAUCUAAUCCUGUCGAUCUUGAGGUCCUCACUAAGAUUCUGCAGUUCAUGGACAAGGUCUACGCAACCGAGCCUACUAAGAGUCUAUUCGUGAAGCGUAUUCUCCCUCCUAAAGGUGUCGAAACAGAUGAAGCUCUCAAGGAAUACGUGAAGAGCACUCUCGCCACCGUGCAUCAUCCUGUAGGAACGUGCGCAAUGCUGCCGAGGGAAGAUGGAGGUGUAGUGGAUAGUAAUUUGCUGGUGUAUGGGACGGAGAACCUAAGAGUAAUCGACUGCUCGGUCAUACCAUUGGAAAUUUCCUCAAAUGUACAAACACUUGCCUAUGCUGUUGGAGAGAAGGGAGCUGAUAUUGUCAAAGCCGUGCGCUGAACACCCACACCCUGUAGUACCAAGACGUCAAGACAACUCUGAUGUAUUUGUACUCCUACAUUCGCCAAAGGGCCGCAGCUUGUCUCUCCUUUCUUGCCGGUGUUUGUGCUAUUCUUGUCCUUCGUAAGUAUUCUUUAUAGCGUCCGGGGUGUCCUUCAAGCUCUUGUCUGUCGUGAGAACUAGUAGCCAUCUCCGUCAAAGACCUGGGAGCACGUUUCUGUCUCCUAGAUGCCGAUGUAAGGCAUAGGAACGUUGACCCACAUCUGUCAAGUCGGUCAGCUUCGAUCCGUUGUGAUGUGUCCAGUCAAACCUUCUCUGUCA